AUGGCUCGUCUAGAGUAAGGUAAACAAUAAACCAGCUCACAUGAUUGGAAUCUUUCUUUCAUUAAGAUGCUUCCAAAAUUAAACAAUUUUGUAAAAAAUUACCUCUUAUAGAAAAUGAUUAAAUAAAUAAAUAUUUCAAAUAAAUUAUCAUAAUAACAAAUCAAAUCAUGUAAUAAUAUGAUAAAAUUAAGAAAAAUUAAUAAUAAUUCACAACAAACAAACAAACAAAUUCAUUCAUAUUACCAAAAAACAAAUAAUAAAUAAAUAAAUAAAUAAAUUUACUUUUACUUUUACUAUUAACUAACUUCUAACUCACUCACACUCACUAUUCUCAAAAGUGGCAUUUUUGCCAUGACUAUUAACUAUCACUGUUACUUUCAACUAUUAAAUUAUUCUUAUAAAACUGUGAAAUAAGUCUAAUUCCUCAUUUUAAAUUGCUAAUUAAGUUAUAUUUUAUUUAGAAUCCAAUUUAUUGAUUCAUACAUUCAUAUUUUAUUGUUUUUUAUAACAAAAUUUUAUUGUUGUAAGCUUUAUUUUUAUAUUAUAAUUAACAUAUUUGAGACCAAUCAACAAAACAUGAAUAUGCUAAUGAUAGAUUAAAAAGAUAUGGGUUUUUCUUUCCAUUUAAUUUUGUUUUAAAUGAAUCAAUCAAUCAAUCAAACAAACAAAUUUAUUUCAUUUGGUAUUUUAUUAAAUCGUCAAUGUUUAGAAUGGAAAAAAUUUACAAGUUAAAAUGGCGAAAUAAGUGUUUUUCAAAUAAAAUUCAAGUUAAAAUUGUCUUUUAUAAAAAAUUUAAUUGCUUUGUUCUCAAAUAAAGUAAAUGGUUGUCAGGCAGCACCUACAAGAAAUUGUAUAAAAAGUCUUACAAUGAAAAUGAAUUUUUUGUUAAUGAUAAAGAUAACUUCUAAAUUAAAAAUAAGUCUGUUAAGAGUUACUUUUGAAUGA